AUGGCAUGCCACACUCAGCAGCAAGAUGUGGGAAGGGAAAGGAUCUUUGAAGGGACCCGCUGUGAAGACAGCCUUCCAGUCGCUGUGAAAUUCACAGCUAAGACGGAGAACGAGCCGUACAUCGGCCUUCCUGACCAUCCCAGACCAGGUCCUCUUGAGGUGGCUCUGACAGUCAUGGACAACCAAGGCCCCCGCUGUGGCCACAUCAUAAAGGUGCUGGACUGGCACCUUUACAUCAUGGUCCUAGAGCGCCCCUCGCCCUGCGUGGACAUGCAUUAUAUUUGGGAGCAUCCCGGCGGCCUCUUCAGAGAGGAUUUGGCGCUCUAUUUCAUGUGGCAGGUGAUCGCCACUGCUGCCGUGUGCUGUUCCCGGGAGGUCUUCCAUCGGGACAUCAAGAUGCCCAACCUGGUCAGCACGGAGACCCUGGAGGUCAACUUGAUCGAUUUCGGCUGUGGAGACCUCUUGAAAAGCUCAUCCUACAUCACUUACAGUGGGACAGCAAGGUACUGUCCUCCUGAAUACUCUGAGAAGGGCGAGUACUAUGCGAACGACGUGGUCGCUUUUCCCAGACAGCAGCGACAUCGGAUGGAUGGAUCGGACACUUGCAAUUCUUAA